AUGAUGAUUAGAGGAGGAAGCAGCAGCAGCAGCAGUUCUUCAUCAAGAUGUCAAGAAUGUGGGAAUCAGUCUAAGAAAGACUGUGAAUAUAUGAGAUGUCGAACUUGUUGCAAAAGCAGAGGUUUUCAAUGCGCAACUCAUAUCAAAAGCACUUGGAUCCCUCUCUCUCUCCGCCGUCCACGGCAGCCCAACUUCUUUCAACAUUCGAACCUUGAAACCCAACAAUCUGCACUUCCCGUCCCUAAAAGAACCAAACCCUUCAAUCUAUCUUCUUCCACUAAUUCCUCAGGAACAGGGAUGCAAAGUGGGGAUCAAUUUCCAGCGGAAGCAAACUUGAUGGCGACAUUCAGGUGUGUGAGAAUGAUGUCAUCUGAAGAUAAUGUGGUGGAACAAUGUGCAUAUCAAACUGCUGUUAAUAUUGGAGGUCAUGUCUUCAAGGGUGUUCUUUAUGAUCAAGGGCCCUCUGAUAAUGAUCAACAACAUCAUGAUCAUGAUCAUCAUCCUGAUCGAGAUCGUGACCGUGACCGUGACCGUGAUCCUGAUCAUCAACCCCGUAACCAUGCAGCACCUGGAUGUUACAAUAUUGCUGAUCCUUGGUAA